AUGGCAUCUCUCCGAAACAUCAUUGUUAUUGGCGGCUCAUUUGUCGGAAGGACCACUGCUCAGGAACUUGCACGUGUCGUGCCUUCAACUCACCGAGUCCUUUUAACUGAGCCCCACAGUCAUUUCCACCAUCUAUUUACAUUUCCUCGAUUCGCAAUCGUUCCUGGUCAAGAACACAAAGCAUUUAUUCCCUACAGUGGGAUCUUCCACGACUCGCCAAACCCCACCUCCCAUGGUGUUGUUCAGGCUCGUGUUUUGUCUGUGAAACCAACCCAUAUAGAGCUCGACCGUGAAUGGAAUGGCUCAAACCACAUUUCAUUCGAAUAUGUCGUUGUUGCUACCGGCACACGUCUCUCAAAGCCUGCAGCAAUGGAGAAUGAUGACAAGCAGUCAUCGGUCAACUAUCUGCAGAAACAUCAAGUCGGUGUGAAGAGAUCACAGUCGGUUUUGAUUGUCGGCGGCGGUGCUGUUGGCGUUCAGAUGGCUGCAGAUCUGAAAGAAUUCUAUCCGGAGAAAGAGGUCACAGUUGUGCAAUCCAGGGACCGACUGAUGCCGAAUUUCCACCCUGGACUUCAUGAUCUUAUCAAGCGACGAUUUGAUGAGCUUGGCGUCAGACUUAUCACCGGUUCUCGUGUCAAUGUUCCACUAGGUGGAUUCCCCAACGACGGGAGUACUGUUCAAGUACAGCUUACCAAUGGUAAUACAGAGUCCACUCAAUUUGUGAUUUUGGCCACUGGUCAAACCCCCAAUAACCAACUUGUUUCGGACUUGAAGCCUUCUCUCCCAGACGGGGAGUCAAUCGUCAACCCGGAGAACGGAUUCAUCCGCAUUCGAUCGACCAUGCAGUUCAUGGAUGAGCAAUACUCAAAUCUCUUUGCCGUGGGCGAUAUCGCAGAUACAGGCGCUCAAAAGGCUGCUCGACCUGGCUCAGCGCAAGCUGCCGUCGUUGCACAAAAUAUCCAGGCCUUGAUUGAAGGCAAAGCCGCAGAUAAUAAAUUUGUCAAAGGACCAGGGGCUAUCCAUCUGACACUUGGACUGAAACACAAUGUGAUCUUCCGCAAUCCUAAUACCGAGGAAGGGGAGACCGAGCCGUGGAUCAAUCCAAAGGAUGAUGGUCGAGAGGAUAUGAACGUGGAAGCCAUGUGGGAGAGACUAGGCAUCUCGGUCGAGAACCCUCGUCAAUAUCAUCUAUGA